CAGGAGUCUGUUCUUCAAAAGAGGGGCCCUGUGAAGUAGGGAAUAACCACUGGACUUCUAGAAAGUACAUCCCAGGCAUUUCUGUUCCAGCCCGAUGUCCCUUUCUUGUGCUAGCAAGGUGAACAGCCCUGGGCGAUGAGUGAGCAGGGAAGAUCUCCACAGGCAGGGAGUCGGGAGCCAAGCAGAGGGAAGGCGAUUUAUGCAGAAUGCCAGCUGCUCCUUGGUGCUCCAGCAGCUUUGAGCAUUGCCCUCCCAGGACUCUGCUAUUCUCCAAGAGAGAAGCCAGGAAAAGAAGGACUUGGUGACAUUCAAGGAUGUGGCAAUAGACUUUUCCCAGGAGGAAUGGGACUGGCUGAACCCUGCUCAGAGGAGUCUAUACAGGAGUAUGAUGCUGGAGAACUAUCAGAGUCUGGACUUUGUAUCUCUAAGCCAUGUGUGAUCUCCUUAUUGGAGCAAGGGAAAGAGCCUUGGGAGAUGAAGAGUGAGAUGACAGGAAGCCCAUUCUCAGAUUGGGAAUUUAGAUAUGAGACACAAGAAUUAUCUCUGAAGCCAUUUAUGUAUGAUGAUGUGUUAAUGGAGAGAAUUACAAGCUAUGGACUUGAGCAUUCCACUUUCAGAGAAGAUUGGAAAGGUGAAGAUCUUGAUGAAAGGCAGCUGGUAAGUCAAGAGACAUUUAUCAGGCAAGAAACACUAACUCAUAAAAAAACCCUUACUAAAGAAAUAGACCACAAAUAUAACAAAUCUGGGAAAUUUUUCUAUCUAGACAAUGCAGGAGAGAAUGUUUAUAAUCACAAGUCUGAUAAAAUGAACUUUCCCCAAAAUUCCAUAGUGAAAAAACACAAGAGAGUCUACGGAGGAAAGAAACUUUUUAAAUGUAAUGAAUGUGAGAAAACCUUCACCCAGAGGUCAUCUCUUACUGUUCAUCAGAGAAUUCAUACUGGUGAAAAGCCAUAUAAAUGUAAGGAAUGUGGGAAAGCUUUCAACCAGAGUCAGCACCUAGCUCAACAUCACCGCAUACAUACUGGAGAGAAACUCUAUGAAUGUAAAGAAUGUGGGAAAGCCUUCAGCCAAAAUGUACACCUUAUUCAGCAUCAAAGAAUUCAUACUGGAGAAAAACCAUAUAAAUGUAAGGAAUGUAGAAAAGCCUUCAGCCAGCCUGCACACCUUGCUCAGCAUCAGAGAAUUCAUACUGGGGAGAAGCCCUAUGAAUGUAAGGAAUGUGGAAAGACCUUCAGUGAUGGCUCAUCCUUUGCACGACAUCAAAGAUGUCACACUGGCAAAAGACCCUAUGAAUGUAUUGAGGGGAAAGCCUUCAGGCAGAACACAGCCCUUAUUCGUCACUGGAGAUAUUAUCACAUUGGAUAGAAACCCUUUGAUUGUGUUGAUUGUGGGAAAGCCUUCAGUGAUCACGUAGGCCUUAUUCAACAUAAGAGAAUCCAUACUGGAGAGAAACCCUACAGAUGUAGCGUGUGUAGAAAAACCUUCAGCUACAGCUCAUCCCUUAUUGUACAUCAGAGAAUUCACACAGGAGAGAAACCUUAUGAAUGUGAUAUCUGUGGAAAAGCCUUUAGCCAUCGUGCUUCACUCACUCAACAUCAACGAGUGCAUUCUGGAGAGAAACCUUAUGAAUGUAAGGAGUGCGGGAAAGGCUUUAGGCAGAGUAUACACCUUUCUAGUCAUCUGAGAAUUCAUACUGGUGAGAAACCCUAUGAAUGUAGGGAGUGUGGAAAAGGUUUUAGCAUCAGUUCACAGCUGGCCACUCAUCAGAGAAUUCAUACUGGAGAGAAACCUUAUGAAUGUAGGGAAUGCGGUAAAGUCUUCAACCAGAGUGCGCACCUUGCACAACAUCAUAAAACUCAUACUGGAGAGAAGCCUUAUGAGUGUAAGGCAUGUGGGAAAGCCUUCAGCCAGGCUACCUGCCUCAUUCAACAUCAUAGAGUUCAUACUGGAGAGAAACCCUAUAAAUGUGCUGAAUGUGGAAAGGCCUUUGGUGAUAGUUCAUCCUGUGCUCAGCACCAGAGACUUCACACAGGCCAAAGACCUUUUGAAUGUAUUGAAUGUGGGAAGGCAUUUAGGACAAAAUCAUCCUUUAUUUGUCAUCAAAGAUGUCACACUGGGGAGAAACCUUAUGAGUGUAGUGCAUGUGGCAAAGCCUUUAGCCAUCGUCAAUCCCUUACUGUUCAUCAGAGAAUCCAUUCUGGGGAAAAACUGUAUGAAUGUAAGGAAUGUAGAAAAACCUUUAGCCAGAUUGGACACCUUAAUCAACAUAGAAGAAUUCAUACUGGAGAGAGGUCUUAUGAAUAUAAGAAGUGUGUCAAUGUCUUCAGACAAAGUGCACACCUUGCUUAUCAUCAGAAAAUUCAUGCCACAGAGUCAGCUCAGGCACCCAGCUCUUCCUCACCCCCUAUGUCACCAAGGUCUGUGGAUAUAUCUGCUAAAUAUUUUUGGAAUUCAUCCCCUUUCAAGUCUCAUUGCCCUCGCUCAAAACACAUUCCUUUCACCUGGACUAUUCCAAUUGUGUAAGAACUGGUUCCCUUGCAUCAUCUUGUUCCUUUCAAGUUCAUUUUUCACACUGCUGCUACAGUGGUCUUUAAAAAUUCUAACUGUAUUACUCUCCUCUUAAACCCUGUAAUGAAAGUUUAAACUAGUCAAUGCACAUAAAGUACUUAGUAUAGUGCCUGACUCUGAGUACUUGUUUAAUGUUAGGUCAGUAUUUUUCAGUCUGUUUAAACAUUCUUUUUAAACAAUAAAUUCUGGAAAGCAGUGUAUCAGUGCUAGAAUAUCAUAACAAUUUUGGAACUGAAAUUACAUCUUAUGGGGGUUGAUGAGGAUUAGCAUUAGUAUGUUUAAAGCUUAAUAUUAUAAUAAAGUAAUACAGUGGCUUUCCCAUGA